CUCUGCGUCUUCAGUUAUCACGACUUGGAUAUACUACAUCUCAUUAUCUUCUCCAGGGUGACUACUCCUAGUAAUACGCUAUCUUGGAGUUUCUGUCCAUCAUGCCUCCAAAAUAUAUGGGCCUUUCGGGACGGCCCUUGUCCCUCAUGGUGUCAUGUAUAGCUACAACAGGAUUCAUGUUAUUCGGUUAUGACCAGGGUGUCAUGUCGGGGAUUAUCACGGCGCCCGCAUUCGCAGCAGUCCUCCAGGAGACCAAAGGUAACUCAACCAUGCAAGGUUUUGUGACUGCAAUUUUCGAGAUUGGAUGUCUUGUUGGUGCAGCUUUCAUCAUCUGGGCUGGAGACAGUCUGGGACGACGCAAAGCCAUCAUCCUUGGGGCUAUCACCAUGAUGAUCGGUGUGAUUCUUCAAGUGGUAGUUUACCCAGGAAAUCAGCCGCUCGCACAGUUCGUCAUUGGGAGAAUUGUAACGGGUGUAGGAAAUGGCAUCAACACUUCUACCAUUCCAACCUAUCAGGCUGAGUGUUCCAAAUCCAGCAAUCGAGGCCUGUUGAUCUGUAUCGAAGGAGGCGUCGUUGCCAUUGGCACCAUGGUUGCCUAUUGGAUCGACUAUGGUGCCUCGUACGGACCAGAUGAUCUUGUCUGGAGAUUCCCUAUUGCGUUCCAAUGCUUCUUCUGUAUUUCCAUCACAGUGGGCAUGUACUUCCUCCCUGACAGCCCCCGAUGGUUGUUUCUGAGAGGAAAAUAUGACGAAGGCGAGCGAGUUAUCGCUGCCCUUGGCGGCGUGGAGCCUUCAGAUAAGUUGGUGCAGGUCGAGAAAGCGACAAUUCUGGACUCUCUUAGAGCUUCGGGUGUUGGUGGCAAGUCAACUCCGCUCUCAGCUGUGUUCACAAGCGGAAAGACUCAACAUUUGCGCCGUAUGCUUCUGGGUGCCUCUGGACAAUUCAUGCAGCAGGUCGGUGGAUGCAAUGCAGUGAUCUAUUACUUCCCGAUUCUGUUUGAAGAAUCUAUCGGCGAGAACCACAAUAUGGCUCUUCUCAUGGGCGGAAUUAACAUGAUUGUGUACUCCAUCUUCGCCACCACUUCGUGGUUCCUUAUCGAGCGUGUCGGUCGCCGCAAGUUGUUCCUCAUUGGCGCCGCAGGCCAGUCCCUGUCUAUGGUUAUCACGUUCGCUUGCUUGGUCAACGAUACGACAGGCAAUGCAAAGGGUGCUGCAGUUGGCCUGUUUACCUUCAUCGCUUUCUUCGGUGCUACCUGGUUGUCUCUGCCGUGGCUUUACCCGGCUGAGAUCUCUCCCAUUAAGACUCGUGCAAAGGCCAAUGCUCUAUCUACCUGCACCAAUUGGCUCUGGAAUUUUAUCAUAGUCAUGGUCACGCCCGUCAUGAUUUCCAACAUCGGCUGGGGAACCUACCUGUUCUUCGCUUGCAUGAACGCCCUCUUCAUUCCAGUAAUCUACUUCUUCUACCCGGAGACUGCGGGACGCAGCUUGGAAGAGAUCGAUAUUGUCUUCGCGAAGGGCUGGACAGACGGCAAGGGACACGUCCGUGCUGCGAAAGACCUUCCUCACCUGACAACUGAAGAGGUCGAACAGAUGGCCGUUCAGUAUGGAUUCGUCGCCGGUCAAAAACAAGCUGAAAAUUCCAAGGAUGGUGAAGCAUAUGGAGCUUCAACGGAGGUUGAGUUGCAGUCGACUGGCUCCCACUAGUCUUCGACUCUCAUCAUGAACGCUUCGCUUCUCCCCUAGUAUAUUGGGCGCCUCUUCUUAGGCUUCCAAUUGUUGAUUAUAUGGUUUCCGUUCGAGAGACCUUUUCACGAUUCGCACCCCGCCCCUCAAAUAUGCCAGGACUUCCGAUUAUGAAUAUUGACGGUUCAGACGCACUGGAACCCAGAGAUUGAUGGCAGUAGCGCCCGCUUCAUGUCUUGCUAUACACAUAUAAGCUAAGGUCGGAUCCUAGAGCUGCUAUAUAGAGUCAUUCAUAGGAAAUAGACUGUUACCUAGCUCUAUUAAUGUGAAAGUAACUUUGAGAAGCUGUGGUCCGAGGAGAU